AUGAAGAAAGAAUUAUAUUUAGAAACAUUUACGUCAAAAUCUGAAUACUGGAAUACAUAUACUUUAAAAUUGUCUUUGGAAUCACUCAUAACUUAUUGUGUGUACAAAUAUUGUAAUCCUGAUGACUUAAAGUUAUAUUUCGUUUGCUCUAAGGACACAACAAGGAAUACACUAUUAGAUCUGAAGGUAGACUUGGCCGAGUUUAUAGAUAAGGAAAAUAUUCCAUGGCAAGUAGCGUCAUGUUUGUAUCCAGUUGUGUUGUUUGAUGACACAAUUAUAACUGGUUUAUGUGCAGUAUCUCGUCAUAUUUGUAAGCACAAGAAAUCUCCAAAAACUACUCAGGAACAUGAGGAUGGCUUACUUAGUUUUAGACAGGGCUGUCUACAAGCUCCAAAUGAAACUUCCAUUUGGACUAAAUUCUGUGAAGUUGAUCUAAUUAAAACUGCCAAACAAUUACUGAGUAUAGAACAUAUUAAAAAGCUACCAGAGACUUUGAUAAGAUUUGAAAACCACUUGAAUAAACCAGUAAAGAUACACAAUGUUUUUAAGGUUGCUAGAGAAUUAAAAAAGGAAAUGAAUUUAAAAGAAAAUAUUGAAAAAGAACAAAAUGAUAAAGAAGUAUCAAGAGAUGAUAAGAGAGUACCUAAACACAGAAAAUGGAAGUCAGUAAAAAAAGAACAAGAAAUAAAUUCUUCUACUAAAAUUGAAGACCUGAAUUUAAGUCAUCAAUUUGCCGAAGGACCAUUUUUAACUCUUGCAGAUCUAGUCUUACUUCCCACAUAUCAUAUAGUAAUAAAUACUAUAGGUAAAGAAAUAUGUACAUCACUUCUUCCAUUAACAUAUAAGUGGUUUAAAAAUGUUAAUAGUAUGACAGAAUUUCUAAAUAUUAAACUAAUGUUAGAAUCUAUUCAGUUAAAUUCUGUUUUAAUAGAAACUCUUGAAUUACCAGAAGUAGAAGAUGUUAGUCUAUACAAAUCUGAUCCUAAAAGACAUAAUCCUAAAAGAAGAUUGUUUACAAAACCCGAGGAUAUAGAAAGAGCUUUAAAUGUUCUAGAAGAUGGAAUGGAAUUAAACAUGAGCGACUUAGAAUUUGACAAAAACGUUGAUUGGGAUCUUAUUCCUGAUGGCGCAAAUCCUGCAGCUGGUCAUUUGCCAGAUGAGAGAGUAAUCCGAAAAUCACAGCAAUUAGAAAAUUUAUGUCAAGCAGUCUUAGCUAUAGCAAAAAGCGGAAAUCAUAUUGUUGACUUUUGUAGUGGCAGUGGUCAUUUAGGUAUACUUAUUGCUUAUCUUUUACCAGAAUGCACAGUCAUUUUACUUGAAAAUAAAGAGCAGUCUCUGUUAAGAGCUAGAGAAAGGGUACACAAAAUGGGUCUUAAGAAUGUAUACUUUUUUCAAUGUAAUUUGGACUUCUUUAUAGGAAAAUUUGACAUUGGAAUUGCGUUACAUGCAUGUGGAAUAGCUAGUGACUUGGUUUUAGAUAAAUGCUUGAUAGCUAAUGCAAAAUUUGUUUUGUGCCCAUGUUGUUAUGGGUCUCUCCAUGCAACUGACAGACUUGCAUACCCUAGAAGUUCUGUAUUUAGAAAUAUGUCGAUAGAUCAAUACUUGUGCAUCGGUCACACUGCUGAUCAAACUCAUAAAGAACACCCAUUAACUGUAAGAGGUUCUAGAUGUAUGGCCAUAAUAGAUUCAGAUAGAGCCAGAUUAGCUGAAGAAUUUGGCUACAAAGUUACAUUAUCAAGGUUAAAACCAUUAUCAUGUACUGAUAAAAAUAAUUUACUUGUUGGUAUACCAGCA